UUUUAUGCUGAAUCGCUCGCACCACCACCACACCAACAAACCAAGCAAAGAUCGUUGCGGCUCUCUCAUUGUUUAUUGAACCGUCAUCCGCGGACAACGACAAUCGUCUUGAAGUACAUAAUUCAAAUAAAGUGCGCUUCACGGCUUGGUGUUCUCGAAGAAAAGUGAUUUUCCAGUGAUUUCCCGUCGUUUCGUAACUUUCUACAAAGUACACCGUACCAUAAUGUCCGAAGAGGAAUCUCAACUGACUAGCGAAGAGGAGGAAGAGGAGGAGCCAGCGCCUACCCCAAAGAAGGGACGCGGUCGUCCGGCGAAAAAAACCAGCGCGACCCCAUCCAGCGCUGAGCGCGAACUUAGCAGCAGCUUCCGUGCGAAUGCUGUUAUUGGAAAGCUGGAAUCGAUGCUCACCGCAUUCAAGGGUUCCCUGUGGGGCCACUCGGCAGCACCGGGAACGCCGGUCCCACAGAUGGACCGCAUUUCUUCUGGGCCAAAACAUGAUGAAGUACCACCACUACCAGGCCCAGCCACUGUUGUAGUAGCUGGUGUUGCUGCCACCCCCGCUUCAACCAAUGCCGAGCAGAGCAGCGACGCCAUCCCUUCUUUGGUCGAGCGUUUUUCUACUCCACCGUGUGAUAUUGCAGUAGCCGCAGAGGAGGACACCGUCACUCUGCAUCGAUCGGUGGCAAGCGAUACAACGUGGAACGCUCCAGAAGAGGCACACUCCCCCGAGCAGUGGUACUCUCCAGCCGUAAAUCGUACGAUAACGUUCAUAAAAGAAGAGCCACCACAGUUCCCGCAGGAAUCACUGCAAACUAACGAGAUAUCCGCGGCCCCACCCUCAACCGAAGCACCAGUCAAUAUCGAAUUCAAGGUAUCCGAUGCAUCGCUAUUCUUAACACCCCAGCAGCAGUCGCCUAUCGCAGAUACAUCGCCCACUCAAUCGUCGACAUCGUCGUCGACGGAUUUUGCGCUGGGUGACCUACCCAAACAGCAGCUAGAAAAUCAGUUCGUAACGAACAUCGAAAUCGACACCGACGGCGACGAUCAGUUCCAGCCAGCGCAAAACUUCCAGUUUGCGGCGUCCGAUUUCGACUUUCUGCUGUCGAAGGGCGGCGUAGGAGAUGAUCAGGCGGUGGAUGGACCGCGCGAUUCUUUGCUGUUAAAAUUCGAUCCACUGCUGAAGGCCGCGCCCCUGAUCAGCAGCCAGCGGCUCAGUGUGACUCGGGAGGAAACACCGGAAGAGGUUGGCGCCGGAGAGUUGGAGCAGUUGCCGGACUUUGCUGAAGGUGUCAUAGAAAUCAACAGCAGCAGCAAUCCACCGCCGCCAAUAAUCGUAGAAACUGCUCCCGCAGCUGAGGACGGCGAAGGCAAAAGCCCCGAACCACAACAACAACAGCAGCAGCAGUCGCCGCAGGAAAGCGGCAGCGUCGUGGGCGAACUUGGAGGUGGGGGUGUUCUGUUGACGGGACUGGAAACGAGCGGGUUCAUAGCCGUUGCCGCCGUUUCACCAUACGCCUGCACGACUGACAUGAGUAUGAACGUCGACGAGGAGGCAACAAUCCCACAGCCCCACUGCGCAGAUGACGAAGAAGCGGACGAAAAAAUGAGCGUUGACAAUACGAUGAUACUGGACGGGGGCGAAAGCUCCUGCUCGCUGGCAGAACGAAACAUGAGCUACAUGGAGCCGGAUCAGGAUUCAAAUGGCACCGGUGUUAGUCCCGGCAGUGCCAACAGUGAGACAGUGGUCGGCAAGAAGAGUAAAAAUGAAUCCCUGAAAAUCGAAGAGCUGCAGAAAAAACUCGCCGAUGCGGAGCACCGCGAGGAGGCCCUGCUAAAACGAAUCACCGACAAGGACAAAACCAUCUCCAAAAUGAGCGGCGUAGUGGAAGCAUAUGAACGUGCCAUCGCCGAUCUGAUCACCCAGAAGGAACAGACGACGCAAAGCUACGAAAAAACUUGCGAAGCCCUUAAGGCGGAUAGUGACAUAAACGCGGAGCACCUGGAGUCUUUGGAGAAAACCUUCUCCGAUCUGCAUGCCAAGUAUGAACGGAUGAAGGUCAUCACCGACGAUUACAAGGAACGGGAGGAGGAACUUGUCAACGAGCGGAAUCGGUUUGAGGAGAGCCUCCGGAUGCAGGAAAAGCGCUACGAAAACAUGAAGAGCCACGCCAUGACGCAGCUAGACAUUGCAAACAACAAACUGGCCGACCUGGUCCGGAACCAUGCCCAGGAGGUGACAAAGCUGAAGGCCCUUCUGAAGAAAGAGGAAAUUUAUCGGGCCUCGGUGAACGAGCAGCUUAGCCAGAAGUCGCGAGAGAACGAAGAGCUGGUGAAGAUAUGUGAAGAGUUAAUUAAUGGGGCUGCGAAUUAAGAAGUUUGGUUUUUGGUGCGCGAAUAUGUUAGUGAUUGUGUGUGCGAAGUUCGGUAAAAAUGCAGAACGAAUUAAUCUAGCGAUAAGACAUUGAAUUUACUAUACGGUAAUCUCGAAACAAUACUGAAAUACACAUGUUAAACCUUCAACUUCAAUAAAAAGCAAGGAAAGUGCGUUUCCUUCUGUACUAUGGAUGUCUUCCAAA